AUGGCAGAUAUUUCAAACCCUCCUUCCUCCGAUCUGCCCAUCACCACCACGACGCCUCCACCUGCCGCCGAUGAAAGCAACCCCUUAACUUCUACCCCAUCUACAAGAAUGGUAGGCCGGGCAGAGUGGCCCACAAUCGAUGGUCCACUGGGGCUCUCACAUCAAGAUUCGGUCGCUUACGCCCGCAGAUUCUUCAAUUUUGGAUUUUUCUUUCUUCCUUUCCUUUGGGCUGUCAAUUGCUUCUAUUUCUGGCCCGUCCUUCGCCACCCGAAUUCCCGUAAUUCACACCCACAACUCCGCCGCUAUGUUGUUGGAUCAGCAAUUGGCUUCCUGGUGUUUGCCCUGAUCCUCUCUUCAUGGUCUGUUACCUUUAUGAUUGGUGGGAAGCAACUAUUCGGCCCUGCGUGGGAUAAAUUAGUUAUGUACAAUGUUGCAGAUAGAUAUGGAUUAACCGGAUUGAUCUAG